GAGACAUGGUCGCCUUGUCAGGGGCUCACACAAUAGGCCAAGCACAGUGUUUUCUAUUCCGUGAUCGGAUUUAUGGCAAUGGAACAGACAUUGAUGUCAGUUUUGCAAGCACUAGAAAACGUCAAUGUCCUCAAGAAGGAGAGAACGGAAAUCUUGCACCUCUUGAUCUAGUUACACCAAAUCAAUUAGAUAACAACUACUUCAAGAACCUCAUCGAUAAGAAAGGUCUUCUUCAAUCAGACCAAGUUCUUUUUAGUGGAGGUUCAACAGAUAGCAUUGUUUCUGAAUACAGUAAUAGUCCUCGAGCUUUUUCAUCCGUCUUUGCUGCUGCUAUGAUCAAAAUGGGAGAUAUCAGUCCCCUGACUGGUCAAAAUGGAAUCAUAAGAAAAGUUUGUGGCAGUGUGAAUUAGUUCUUCCAUGUAUUAUUAUCUCCCUUAAUUGUUCUAAAAGAAUAUGUUGGAUUUUGUAUUAUUAUACAACUACAUAUUUGUAUGUUUGAUGUAUCGAAGUGUAAUCUCUUUUAUUCUUUUCUUUGUUAUGUAAGACUGAUGUACUUUUUCUUGUGCAAAUAA